CUGUAGGCCCGAUUAGUAGGGUAUUAGACCAACUUGAAUCUCCCACUGAUCAGACCUCUAGGCCAUAUUCCUUCUUCAUUUGGUCAAAGUACUGGGCCAGAGUCAAAUAUUUGGGCCGUAAACCAUGUUCUUUGGGGCUACGACGUUAUUCUCAGUCAUACGCAGCCGAAAUGGCGGGAAGAACUGGCGGGAAAUGCUACCUACCUCUCACUUAUAGCGCGGGAAGUGAGGAAGUGUCAAACGAAUCGAUCAAUCAGAGAGAGAAAGAUGGGAGGUCCACCGUACGAUUGCAUGGCGAACCCACUGGGAGCCGUCCGGUUGACAUUUGAGAAGGCGAUAGGGUCUGGAUCUCUGACCCAGACCCAUCCCUUAGCCUUUGACGGCAAGGACUGGGGUGCCCUAGACCUCUUCCGCCACUUCCUCUUCCAGGAAUCGGGACUCUCCCAGGUGCCCAUCCUUAAUUCUAAGACUAUGAGAUGGGUUCAGCCCAACAGUCUUGUACGUUACCGGGGCAUGAUUCAGGACAUGUUGGGAAAUGAAUUCUAUGUUGGUGCUUACAAGGAUGGGAAUUUAUGGAGGACCAACAAGUUCAUGGAUGUUUCUCAAUAUCCAAUGGGAACCCCUCCUGAUAUGUGUGUUUGGGAACGCCGUUUGCUCUACUGUGUUCCUGUUCCAGGACAGAGUUCAUGGACUGAACCUUCUUGUGAAAUGGAACCUAAUCGAGGCAUGGAUUGGUCAUCCCAAAACAGGGAGAAGCGGCGUAGGAUGGAUGAUGAAGAUGCCGACCCCUUGGAUUUGGUUCCUGAUGAUGAGAUUAAAAGCUCUCCAAUUACCAAGAAGAUGAGAGAAGAUGGAUUUCCUUCCCCUUCACCAGAGUCUAGGGAUUCUAAAACUGCAAGCUCUUCUUCCAGCAUGAGUACAUUUCAAUACGUCGACAAAGAUAACCUUCCUUGCCUUGUAAAGAUAUAUGAUUCUCCAGAGUCAGAGUUGAAGCUAAAUGAUGUUUUUGAGUUUAUUGGGGUCCUUACUGUUGAUUCAGAGCUUGCAGUUGAGAAGGAUGAUAAUGAUGAGUUAUCCAAUAGUUUCUAUGAUGAUGCACUGGUCCAUUUGCCCCCUAAUAAGGUCCCACGCUUGCACUGUCUUGUACAUAGGAAGCUUGCAGUCCAUGACUUUCUGCAGAGCUCCCCAAUAAUGGAGCCACAUUUGGUGAAAGGGAUAAGGGAAGCUCUGUUCAGGCAUCUUACAACUGUUCUUGGAAAUGACGAGGUAGCUGCUCAUUUCAUGUUGUUGCAUCUUCUGUCCAAGGUUCAUGCUCGAGUAGAUGAUGUUGCUGUGGGGAAGCUGUCACUAAAUCUAAUGGGUUUAAGCAAAGAAAGUGCGACUGUGUUUGGCACUCGACUUAGCCAAGCUUUCAAAAGCCUCUUACCAUUCACACAUUUCAUACCUCUCACACUGGAAUAUCUGAACACUGCCUCUCUUGCCCCGAAAAAGGAUUAUCAAGAAAACAGAUUGAUUCCCGGAGUUCUGCAGCUGCCUGAGGGCUCACACAUAAUGGUUGAUGAAACCCAACUAGAAUCAGGAAGCCUCAGCUCUAUUGGAAUUGAGAAUACAAAGUCGCUGAAAAAUCUAAUGGAGUUUCAGAAAGUGGAGUAUGACUUUCAGUACUAUAAAAUGGAAAUGGCAGCAGAUGUCCAGUUACUUAUUUUCUCUGAGGGGAAAUCUAACAUUGUUCCUGCUGAUGUCGUUGUACCUUUUCAGCCAUCUUCUCUCGAAUCCUUUGAGAUACCAGUUGCAGAAGCACUGGAAGCUUGGAGAUGGUACUUGGCAACUGUUAGAUUAUUACCGCAUUCCAUUGGGUCAGAAAUGCAGAAGGUGGUAGAAGAUGACUUGGUUGCAGCAAGACAAGCAGAUCGGAGCUUGGGCAGUCGAGAUUUCAGCCGGUGGCUGACAAUGGCCCGCUUGGUAUCCUCAAGUUUUGGAGAAACCUGUCUGUCAUUGGAACACUGGCAAAUGGUCAAGGAAUUGGAGAGGCUGAGGAGGGAGAGGCUCAAGUAGAAUCCAAGUCACCAGGUCGGAAAUAAGGGUUUUAGCUUGAUGCUUGUUAUUUUUCUUAAUCAUGAGCAAUUUUUGUUCUUUUCUUGCCCCAAAGGUCAUGAAAAAGCGGUUUGUUGAAAGGACUGAGCAGAAUCGUUAAUUUUAUAAAAAUGUUGACGCAUUGCAAAAACCAGAAUAGCAACCAUUGAGUUUCUGAUGCAUCAUUUGUGGUCUACCACCUUUUUGAAGUAUGUUAAUCCAUCAAACUGAUCACCGGAUCUUUAGCAUGAAUUGUAACUGCUGGUCUUUCUAGGUUCUUAGAACUGAAUGUGACGAAUCUUCUCAAGCCCACUUAUGGUGAACUGCGAAAAGAGGCUCAGGUUGGCAUAAACUAAAAUAUGCAGCUUCCAAUCCCACCUCACUGCGUGGGCAUCUGCAAUAUCAAGUCCAAUUUCUAA